AUGACUCUCAUGUAUCCUCUCAAUCUACAGGCUGCUCGAUCCAAGACUCUCUACCUUUCUUCUGUGCAGCUGAAUACUUUGUGUGCACCAUUUCCAAUGGCAUCAGAAGGCCAGAAGGAGGAGAAAGAGAAUCCCGCUGAGCUGGUGAUUUCUCCUUUCCAAUGGGGGACGGUCCUAUCUGCAGUUAAAGAUCAGAUUCCCUCCAUGGACUCGGACACAUGUGCAUCAGAUGGUGAUGAAGAUGAGGAGCUUUUCAUCUUCCAGCGAGAUCAAGCCAACCUGAUUCCUGACUUGUCGGAGGAACUUGAAGACCUUCCCUUGGAAGAAGCAGACUUGCAGAAGACUUUUGCAUUCAUGAGGCAUCCAAUAGAGAUCCAGGAUGAAGACCAGGAGAGUCCAGCUUCUCAGAAAGAGGGGAGUACCUCUCGGUCUGUGCCAACGGGCAGCAAUUACUUUGGAUUUUUUAAUGAAGAAAAGCCACGCCAGCAAGUCAGGGAUAUUUCAGAAUUCCCUACAAAUAAACCAGAGUCUGGAAAGGAUGCUCAGAAAGAUAUAGAUACCCUGAGUCCACCAUCUGACCCAUUGCCAUCUAUGGAAACGGCACCUCCCUUUGUGAUAUUAAACAGCGACAUAAAAGAACGAAGGAAACUAAUAGAAACAAAAAUACUCUCCAAGGCAGCAUUGGGAUGCUUGACAAAAGAUGAUACCCCAAGUUCACCAUCUGAUCAGUUGCCAUCUAUGGAAACGGCACCUCCGUUUAUGACAUUAAACAGCGACCUAAAAGAACGAAGGAAAGUAACAGAAACAAAAAUACUCUCCAAGGCAGCGUCUGGACACCUGACAGGAGAUGUAGGCCGUUCACAAUCAAGAAAUAAUAACAAUAAUUUUGAAAAAAUUGCAAAGGCGGAAAGAGAGCUCGGAGUAAUUUCAGCUGAACACCCUAGAGAAUUGACUCUGUUUGCCUUCGAGGAGAUAGAGAAAUGGGACCUAGACAAAGUUCUGCAGGACCUAGAGAAGCAAAGUGAUAAAACAAGUUGGAAAGGAGAACCUGCUUUUCCUUCAGUGUACUGUGAUAACACCAGGGCUGCAUCAGAAGCCAAGCUCAUGGGAAAGCUAGAAGAGUUGUCCCUUGAGCAAUCGAGAACGUUUUUUGCACACCGCAGAAAAUGCCUGGCCAAACUCCCACACUUUAGUGAGUGCCAGGGGGACGGGAGAAAUGUUCCCAUCCUGGCACCGCUGACAAACAGUCAAGGCCUGAGUUCAAUGGAACUGGAAUGGGCUCCAGAGCCACCCACUGUGUAUAUCGAUUUACGGGACACAGUUUCACCAAAGCCUGAAGUGUUAACUGAUGCAGAGGAAAGCUUCAGCAGCAGUUCUACAGAUGAUGAUGAGGAGGAGGACAUAGAUUUGGCAGGCCAAGAGAAAGUGGAAGGCAAAGAGUGUCUCCAGCCAUCACGCAAGAACUGCACUGGAAAAAGCUUUUUGCUGCAACAACUUCGUAACUUUCGCAGAACUGUGUCUCAUUCUUCGCCGGACCAAGGAAAAAGCUCAGACCUCGUGAGUUCAGGAGGAGCAGGUCAGCCGAAUGUUCGAGGAAGGUGCCACCUCAAACGAAGGGGCCUGGGUUCAAUGGGCCCAGCUGAUCCAAAGGCAGAUGUACUUGGAGACAUGAAAAGUGUUCCUGAGCCCUCAAGAGAACUUGAAGAAGAAACCAAGGAAAGGUUGUAUUCGAAAUUGAGUCAGGAUCCUUCUGCAAGCAUCACUGCAGAAUAUCCAAGGGCAGAAGAAAAACAGAAAGAAGAGCAGAAGAAAGAAAGAAAAGUCCAGUAAAGGGAGGCCUCAGGGGAUUUUUGAGAAAUUAAAGCUUGGCAUGACAGCAUCGGGAAGGAGCCCAUGGCAGACAAUUGCCCUUGUUCUGCAUUGUUAGUUGCACCAAAUUGCUGAAGAACAACAUCUUCCUUGGGAUUUCAUCCUUUGCAGAAGGACUUCAUUCUGACCUUGUUGGUCCUGUGGCUGGUUUUGUUUUUUUAAGCCAAAGCUUUAAGCAUGCAAAUUGUAGUCAAGGAGAAAUUCCUUUUUUUGGAUGGUAAAGCAUUUACAUUUUCGUUUGCAUCUAUAGCAGUAUCCAGUUACUCAUUCGUUUAAUGGGGAUAUCAUCCCUCCUUUUGACCAGUACUUGAUCUCCAAACAUGCCUUACAGUGCUGUUUAAAAUAUAGCCAUAAAAAUAAUCCAACGACCAAAAUAAUACAGGAAGCAAAUGAAAUAAUACGGCAUAGCAGAGCAGCAAAUGCCUGCUGCUUUUCGUUUGUCUUUGAUGCAGGUGGAUAUUAUCCACAAUCCACCACCAAACCCACCACCAGAAAGGCCCCGUCCAUAGAUUUGUUAAACAACCUGUUUCCAAAGGACUUGGGCAACUUGUAAAAUGAAAAACAUUUUCAAUUCCCACAAAGCACAACCUGUCUAGCUUGGCUGAGGAAUGGAGACAACCAUCUCAGCAGG